AUGUCUGCUCUUUCUGAAGCUGUUCCUAGAAGGAAUAACGCUACGGGCGUCGUUGAGAAGGCGGGAUCGCCAAGUGUGCGGAAUAAGCUUUUAGAUCUACCCGAAUCGGUCUUUCGUGCAGAUGCGCCCAUCGCUGCUGCUAGUAGAGACUUUCAGAACUUCCAGACACCUUCGAUACCUCCGAAGUUACAUUUGGCAAAAUUCACGAUACCAAGAGUCCCAGAACAGGCCUUCCCAGGAGGACGAAUUGGCCGAGCAGAAUCUCACAGUCUACCUGAAGAUACAGCUGGACGCUGUGUAGCCGACGUCAAUAAGCGGGUGCAUUUUGAGUCUCAUCCAGGUCUUUCAGGCGAGGCGACUAAGCCGAAAGUAAACCACACAGUACCCACUCCAUCACCAAAUUUCUCACGCCCCAAUGGUCGACAAAGCCCGGACAUGAUGAUCGGGGAACGAACGGACUGGGCGUCAAGUCAAGUUGUAACUCCUCGGCUGGCGGAACCUGAACAUGAUUUGGUCAAGGCUGGAAAGCAAAAAAGGAGGAUGCAAAAGAAUGCUGUGCAAGUCAGCCAAUUGUCAAUAAACACCUUCUUAAUCUUUGCUGUUUGGCGAUGGGCUGCUUACUUCUAUGUUUUCAUACCCUUUGUGGCUUUGGCACUCGUCCUCAACUGUAUCAUGGUAUUCUCAAUCUUGCUUUUCACUGUGAAACACAAGUUCCUCCUUCCAGAAGAACGCGAAUUACCAGCCCGCCCUGAGACAAUUGUCUACUUGCUUCCAUGCUACAAUGAGACACGCGAAGAAUUGACCAAGUCUUUGGAUUCUCUUGCACAGCAACGUGAGAUCGAGGGACACAAACAGUCUCUGAUCAUCAUCUGCGAUGGAAAGGUCCGUGGACAAGGGAUGCAGAAAACCACGGCAGAUACCCUAUCACAGGAUAUUCUUGUGAUCAGCACCUUUCGCCGGAGGAUAACGGCCGCAUAUCUCGCGUGGGACCAAUCAGAAAUGGAUAUCACCAUCCAAAAAGGAACCUACAAAGAUCUUCCGUACAUUGCAAUCCUCAAGGAUUUUAAUCAGGGAAAACGAGACGCGCUGAUCCUCGCACGGACUUUUCUCUAUAACUUUAAUAUUCGAGCUCAAAAUCCACAGACACGCCUAUCACAAAGCCUAUUUUCGGAGCUAUCCUCCUUCCUAAUCAACGACUGCGGAAUCAAAAAGGCCUCCUGUCUGGUUGGUAUGGACGCAGAUACGUAUUUCGACGAUGUGUGCGUGGCUGAGCUAUUGAAAGAGAGCCGCUAUCGAUAUACGGUUGGUGUAUCCGGAUACGUCUCUGUUGACUUCCAAGGCUACAAUUGGAACCUUUUGCGACUGUAUCAGUCCACUGAAUAUACCGUGUCACAAGGUCUGCGUCGAAUGCACCAAUCCAUUGCCACUAAGAAGGUAUCAUGUCUGCCUGGAUGUUGCCAGCUGCUGAAGGUUUGUGAGACGACGUGUGGUGACCAGGUUUUGAUUAAUUUAUUCGGGUAUUUCCCCAAGCCGACCGAUGGAUUGCUGAAGCAGAUACGGGCCACUGCUAGUGAGGACCGCAACCAUGUAUGUUUGAUGCUGUCUGCUCGCUCGAAUGCCCAAACUCGGCAGGCUCUGAGAGCUCAUGCAUACACUGUCGUUCCCGAUUCCGUACCUAUAUUCCUUUCCCAGCGCAAGCGAUGGACGCUUGGGGCGACUUCGAACGAUCUCAUGCUCGUGACAUCACGAGGCAUCCAGUGGUUUGAACGUGUCCUGGCCUUCUGCAAUGUGUGGACAUGGUUCCUCAACAUAUUUAUCCUUGCUUGCCUUGCUUGCUUGAUUUAUGCAUGUUUCUGUGAGUAA